AUGGCGAGAAACCUCGAAUACCGAUUUAUACUGGAUGUGAAUGGCCGCGACCGACUCUCUCGCCUAACUGUGUUUCGCAAAAUGAGAGCCCUGAUAGUCGAGGACUGGAUCGACCAUAAGCUUGAUUUGGUGUUGGCGCCAUCAGCACAAAGUACAGCGGUCAAACAUGAUAAAUUUAGUUUGCCGGCUUACACCACGUUAACUAAUUCUUUGGAUUAUCCUUCCUGCGUUAUCCCGUUCCUUCGUGCAGAGACAAAGGGUUGUCCGGAUGAUUUUGAAAUACAGCCUGGACAGACUGUUCCGGAGUACGAGCCAGAUGAUAUCGAGGGUGCUCCAACCUCGGUCCAGGUUUUCACUAGGACUAUGCGAGAGGAACAAUGCCUUCACUUCUCUCGGGUUGUUGACGAAUGUUUGAGAGGGAGCCCUUGA